AACAAAAGCUAGAUUUAAACAUGGAAGAAACUGUUUUUGUAUUUUGGGUUGGUUUAAAUGACAUUUAUAGAAUUCUUGAAGAUGAUGAAGAUGUGGAAACAAAACUUGUUCAAGUAGUCAAUUGUAUUAGUACAAAUAUUCGUAAUUAUUAGCAUCAAGUAGAAAAAAGGCAACUCUUCAAUUCAAUGAACAAUUAAUAAAGGAAGUAGAAAGAAUGAAUAAACACUUGACAUCGUUAGAGUUAGAUGUAGUAGAUAUUCAUAAGCUAAUGAAUGAUAUCAUAAGUCAGCCAGAUUUAUUUAACAUAAAGAAUGUGAAAGAAUCUUAUUGGGAGAGUUGUGAAGGCUCGUGUAUGGAUGAAAUAGAUGCUUAUGUUUGGUGGGACAAAACGCAUUUGACAGGAGGUGUACAUCGUUUGAUUGCGAAUAGUAUUUUAAUGGCUGGAUCUUUAGGCCCUGAAAGCUAUUUAGAUGACAGUCUCAACGUGAAUCAGCUUCUUCAACAGCCUAAUUCAACUUACAAGUCACCUAUUUAUAAGGCAGAAAAGAAUACAGCUGAAAUUGACAAAGUAAUAAAGACGAUGAAGGAUAAUAAAUCAAUAGAACAACAGACUUCCUUUACAGAAGAUCCAUCGAUGAAGCCCUAUUAUUCUAUUUAUGUUGGAAUAUCCGUCACUCUCCUUAUUUCUAUUGGAUUCAUUAUGUUUAACAAAAAGAGAAGAAGUCAUGUAAUAACAGCAUUAUUGAGUUUAUUUAAUCAUCCUAUUGAACGUGGUGGUAGAUUUAUGCCAUUGCGUAAUAUGGAUGAUCCUGAAGGACAAUCAUAAUGUUGUCAAUAUAAUAAAGAAGAUGAAUAGUUAUAUUUAUCAUAAUUGACAACAUUUUAUAUAGCAAAAAAAAAAAAA